AUGGCCCAAGUAGAGCACGCAUAUCAAUAUUCUGUCGAAGUGCGAAGCCGCUUUUCCCUUCUUCUUGAAGAUAAUAAAUCUAAAGUAAAAAGCGAACGGCCUUCCGAACCUCCCGAGUCCCACAAACGCAAGCCCGUGCCCAUUAUUGUGCCCACUCCUGCGCCACCUAUCACACCGGCUACCGCCGUCGAUGAAGAACCCGCGCCUGAAUCCCCCUCUGAGGAACUAGUUGAGAAAAGCCCUAAGAAGACCGAAGCAGUCCCCCCAUUCGCUCUCUCACGUGGGUUUAGGGGGAAGAUGGCGGCCUUGCCAGUGAAGAAAAGGAUCGACUACGUUUCCGUGGAAGGGGGUUUGGAAGGGGCCGACCUAGGAUCUACGGUGACCAUAGGGAUUUCGAUCGUCACUCAGGCUCUGAUAAAACUAAUUAAGCGAGAGGGAUUCGGCCAGGGAAAUUGGGGUACAGUUCAGGACGUGCUUGAUGUGACCUUGGAACCGCCUCCUGAGGACGACGCCUCUCACGUUGUCAAUGAUGAGAAUCAGAUACCAGAAGAAAAGACGGAAGAGAAAGAAGAGCCACCCAAAACUCUGACUCUUGAUGAAUAUAAAGCUAUGCAAAGAGCCAACAAGCCUGCUAUAGCCCUCUCAGCAAAGUCCAGUCGCAAACCUAAUGAUGGGAAGGAUGUCUUCAAAAAUAUGGAUAAUCUUAGCUUCAUCGAUUUUACCUACGCUGAUCGAAUGAAUCGUGGUCGGGGUCGAGACGGUCUAGGCCGUUCCAGAGGUCAAGGCUUUAGUGGUGGAAGAGGAGAGAGUCGCGGCUUUCCACGUGAAGAACGCGGGUCGAGGGGUGCACGUGCGACUCGAAUCCGCGGAUCGAGAGAGUUCACUCGCGGUUCAGUUCCACAGCCGUCUCGCUCAGUCAAGGUAGAUUACGACGAGGAAUUCCCUACACUAGGUUGA